AUGCCCAGUGAUAAUAACACAAAAUCAAACCUUGUUAUUAUUGUAACUACCAUGGCUUUUUUCAAUUUAAAUACAUAUGAUAUCGCUCGUUCAAGUCAGCGAGUUAAAGUGCCUGAUAAUAGCAUAGCAAAACUUAUGUACUAUUUGGAUUGCAUGUGUACAUUGAUCGAAUAUGAUGAAUCCGAUCUCAAUCGUCUUCGUGAUUAUAGAAAUUACGAUGAUUUAACUGAUACUGAUAUUCGUCUCUUAUUUGUCUUCUGUGCUACUCUUGAUCCUGAUAUUUUCAUUGAUAAAGUAAUGCUUGAAGAUCGAGAUGGAAAGAUGUGUGGUACAUCACUCAAUCGAAUAUACGAUUUAGGUGAAGUACAACGAAGUUUAAUGGUAGUUAACUCGAUUGUUGUUGCUGGUCGAACAAGACGAGUAAAGAAAAUUAUGGCUUAUCGACCACAAUGGUUGAAUAAAUACUAUACACAACCGAUGGCUCAAUUAACAGCUAUAUAUCAACGUGAACGACAACAAAAAGCAAUGCGUGAAUUACUCAACACAUGUACAAUCUCUUGA